GGUAAAUGAACAAUUUAGCUGCUUAAUAUACAUUUGUUGCACAUGCGCACUUGGUGCUGGAACAACAUGUCGCUGGAUCAACUACCAAACAGUGUGUGGACUGAAUUAAUGGACAAAAUGAGCGCGACGCACCCGUACCGGAAGCCGUCCCAGCUGUGACCUGAGCGGUUUUCUAAUCAGGAAAAUGGACUAGGAGCUGGAGACUGGAGUCAUGUUUACCCUGAAGGCGCUGAGGAAGAACAAGACAGUGAGAUAUGGAGUCCCGAUGCUCUUGCUGGUAGUCGGAGGAUCCUUCGGCCUGAAAGAGUUCACACAGAUUCGCUACGACGCUCAGAAGAUCAGGAAAAAGUUGGAUCCUGCGCUGGAGGCCAAAGUGAAUGUGGAGAGGCAGUCGGUCAUGCUGGAGGAGGAGUACGAGAAGAUGAAGGAGCUGAAUCUGGAGGAGUGGAAGAACAUCCGAGGCCCUCGUCCCUGGGAGGACUCGAGGGAGUAUCAGGAGCAGCAGAGAUCCAGACUGGAGAAGGAAGACUGAAACUCAAAGAGGACGGACUGAGCCGGACACACAGGAGGACGGACUCUACAAGAGAGGGUGGAUUCUGUGGUGAAGGCGGCGCUGAGUCACUUUGGACCCUGAUGCUGAAAGUUCAGGAC